AUGCAUUUUAAGCUGCGGCAGCCACCAACAUCCAAAGAAGACGAUCAAACAGCACCAACGACGACGCGCAAUUCCUUGCUCAAGCGUCGCAUCAGUUUUAGCGGCAAGAAGUCUGUGAGGGAAUUCGUGAAUACAGAGGAGCCGCACUAUUGGGAUAACUCCUACGAACUAUCGGAUCACACCAAUGGCGAAGACAGCAGAGAGAGGGCAUCGAAAACUGGCCCCUGCCAGCAGACGCCGACAGCGGACAAGGAGAAUAUACCUCUGCAAUGUGAGUACGAAAGUACCCGAAUCGAUUCGACGCUGAAUCUACGGACGAGCAUCGGCAUGGAUGUGCCCAUGUUUCCAUAUGAAAAGAGUCGGAACACGAGAUCGGAAACGAAGCCGAACAGUACGGUGAGCAGAGAGUCGCUCUAUGCCGAGAGUUUCUCGCUCUCCACGAUUGGGCGGGACAAGCUAAAGGAUGCGAUGUACAACCAUCGAAUAAUGGACAAGACCAUCGAUCUGAUGCAUAUCUCAUCGAAAGCCAGGGAUGACUGCUCGUUGGAGUUGUCCUCGUUCGAAAAGGAGCAAAUGAAAACACAACCAACGAGAUCUGUGAGUGAUUCCGUUAUGGACAUCACGCCACUAGGAAUCGCUGAUCCGGUCCCCACCCCAGCUGCCGCUGCUGCUGCUUCAGCUAAGCAGAGUUUCAUGGACCUGGAGCAGGAGUUCCUCAAUUGCUCUCAUCAACGUCUGACAACGAAAGCAACGGAGAAUAUUAAUCCUGUACAGAAUGCGGGGAAUAUGGAGAUGGAAGAGAGCCGAAAGGAGAGCCAGAGGCAGGCAGAUGCAUCCUUUGACUGCGACAUGAAUGUCUCCGAUGCUAGAGACCGUUUGCCAUCGAAUGGCUCCUUCGAAACGGAGUCCAACAAUAGCACCAUCAACUAUCUGGGAGACGAGUCUGUUCUCAUACCAUAUGACAUGAUUUCCGGGAAGAACAUCAGCAAAAAGUUGACCUUCCGCCAGCUGAACGAUCAGCUGGAAGCGGGCAAGAUCAAAGUCCUUGUGAACGGCCCCAGGACGCCCACAACCGAUCGCAGCACCAAGCAGAAGAGGUUUUGGCAUGGCCUCCAUCAGGAUCAAGAUCAGGAUCCCAUGGGCAUCAACAUAAGGAGCAUCAAGCCGCGGGGAACGUUGAAUUUCAGUGAGAACAUGACCAUGUCCCCCCUGGCACAAGCAACGCCAGUGGCAGCGCGUGUGGCAGUGGAAUUGCCGAGAGAAAAGCUGAUGGUACCACCACCGGACGACAAGCGCAAGUAUCGGCUCUCGCAGGCGGAUGAGAUGAUGCCGGACACCACGAAGGUCUUUUGUGGCCACGAAUACACACUGCAGAACAUGAGCUUUGCCCGCCAUGUGGAGCCCGAUAACGAGAGUAUACAGCAACGCAUUGAGUGGGCCAAGCUGCGACGUGCAUCUCAGGAUCCCACAGUGCCCUCCACCAUUGGCGAGGAGAAGAUCUGGAAUCCGUUUAUGCGUGUCCACGAAGCGUCUGUUCAGAAGCAUGCCGGAGGAGCAACCGAUCCCAUUAUAACCAUGGGCAAGUUGCGCAAGGAGAAAGAUAACUUCAAGGCCUAA